GCCAAAGAAAUCUUCAACUACUGAUUUCUAGUUGUAUUCGGUGAAAACAGCAAGUGUGUUAUCAGUAGCAAGCAACAAGAUGGCUUACCAUAAAGGUUUCUCUGCAAUUUUGAUAAUAUUUUGUCUCAUCUAUGCGAACUUUUGUGCGCCAAACAAUGACCUGGAGAUAAGGUAUGCCUAUCAGCAACCGUUACAACUUUUUGCAAACUAUUUCAUAGAACUGCACGAGUUGUGAACUAAACCGGCGUUUGAAAAGAUUGUAAAACUUUCAAGGGAGUACUCACCCAACCUUAGUCACUUUUAUCUGAUUUAAGAUAAAAUGGAGAUAUAGAUGUAAUUUGGAAGCUGUUCGUUUCAAUUUCUCCUUGGGAAUUCAUAUAUUGCAGUCAGGGCCGUAUCGAGCGGGGGAGGGGGUGUAGGGGGUGUAACACCCCCUAAUAAUUGCUCAUGAGCAUUUUUAGGCAGAUUUUCGGUAGAUUUUCAGGUAAAUUCAGGUAGAUUUGCAGAAGAAAUUCGGGUAAAUUAACGCAAAUUCAGGUAAUUCCUAGGACAAGAGAAAGUUAAUUUACAAAAAUAACUAUGAAUGUGGAAAAAAGUUGAGGUAUUUUUACAAAAAUUUAGGAUAUUCAAGAAAUUUUAGGAAUGUCCGAAAAAAAUUGUGGUAUCUCCCAAAAAUUUUUUUGAUAAACGGAGAAAAUGUGUUAUGUCCGAAAAUUUUUUUUCUGUUUCGAAAAAUUUUGAUAUGUCCGGAAAAUUUUUUUUACCCCUAAAAUGGUACACUGACCGAAUUUGUUUAGCGACGGGGUGUGGGGGAGGUCGCAAAAAAUAGUUUUGGGAAAAACAAAUUUUUCAGGUAAAAUUUGAAAUGUUGAACUUUACAUACAUACAUACAUACAUGUAAUUUAUUCAAGAUAACAUUACAAAAAUCUUGAACAGGAAAUCGUGAGGUUUACCCUAUACUAUAGCAAUUCCCUACACUUUACAUUACAUCUACAAAGAACAACGAAUAAAUUAUUAACUUAUCUUGACCUACAUAUCCAUUAAUUUUCUAAGUCUGUUCGUAAACUGUUGCAGACUAUAUGAUUCCACAAUCUCAGAUGGAAGAUUGUUCCAUUUACUUACUAUUCUAACAAAAAAAUGAGUAUUUAUAGCAGUUUAUUUUUGCAGCUUUAAGGUACAACUUGUACUUAUGGUUUGCUCUAGUUCGGUUAUCUUUUGGAUAUUCAAAAAAAAUUUCAAACAAUAAACCAUUUGAGCCAUGAAUCGACUUGAAGCAUUCCACAAGUGACAAAUAUUCUCUACGUUUCUCAAGUGUUGGCCAUUUUAAUAGACAACAACGUUCUUCAUAAGGCAUUUCUCCCCGUUUUUGCUGUAAUGCAAGGCGCGAGGCUCUACGUUGAAAUAUUUCUAAUGCAACAAUGUCUUUGGCUAGAUACGAGCUCCAAACUGGAGCCGCACAUUCAAUAAUUGGUCUAACAAGAGUUUUAUAUAAAGUUGAGAAUACAUAUUGAUUUCUAGUACCAACAGUUCGUUCAAUUAUUCCCAAGAAUUUAUUAGCUUUGUUUAUGGUGAAUCCUACAUGUUCACUCCAAGAUAAAUCUCUUGUAAAGUGAACUCUUAAGUCCUUCACUCCAUUGGCACACUUUAGUUCUUUUCCCAGAAAAUAACUGUAUCUAGUUGUGUCCUUCCGGUGAGUUAUACGCAUUGUCUCACAUUUGUCCGCAUUGAAGCGAAGUUCCCAUUUCUUUGCGCAUUCGUCUAUACAAUUUAGAUCUAAUUGUAAUGCUGCUACACCGGCGUCAGCUUCCUUAAUUUCCCGAUAUAUUUUGGUAUCGUCAGGAUAUCAAAAUAUAUAGGGAAAUUAAGGAAGCUGACGCUUUCAGGUAGAUUUAACCAAACACUCCCCCCCCCCCCCGACGUGAGUUCAUCGCGACGGCACUGAUUGCAGUAACUUAUUUUAAUAUCUUAAAAAGUCAAUAGGGUGCUGAUGCAUGCAGCAGUGCACAUUGCAGUAUAAUUUGCAAACAAGUUUGUUAACAACAUGCAGUAAUGAACAGGUUUAGCUAAUUCGUCCAAGCUUAUUCUUAUAUAGAAAUGAAGUAAACAAUGAUGAUGUUGUUCAAUUGGAUGUCCAAGAUUCAAACUAUCCACCGCGAGGCCUGCAUGGGAGAGAUGGCAAGUUACCAGACAUUAUAUUUCAUAUAUUAUUUUGAUAAUUAGUAAUGUAUAUAACAGUAUUAUUCUCUCAAACUGAAAAGAUAGUUAUAGAUAAUGACAGUUACGUACCAUUUUGGUGAGCAUAAUAGGAAACAAAAUGUUAGUGGGUCUAUUCGAAAAAGAAAUAUGUAUGAUAGUAUUUGCAUAUAUAUUCGAAUAACAAAUUUCUUCGUUCUAUUUAGCUGUGAAUAUUAAAAGGGUAUCCGACGUCGAGCAUUAUUGAGUAGAACUCACGGAAACAAAUAAACUAAUUAAUCCCUUAUACUAUUUUAUGCAUGCCUAUCCGAUCUAGCAAUUAUAAGAAACUCUGUUUUAAGUCUCCUCCCGUUUUGUUGAUGCUACUGGCUCUCGCCUGCAUCAGUUUGGAUUAUUUUGCAUUUAUCACUCAAAAACCCCAGACAGACUGCCAUAUAUUAUACAACCAUGCAGAAAUAAAAGCCAGGUUUAAAACAUAAAAACUAAUUAAUUACUAAAUAAUAAUUUACAGGCACGAUUGAACUCUAUUCCAAUGAAAGCUUUAUCAUUUCGCCUAUCGUUUUAUUAAUAAAUUUAAUUAUGAAUAUCAUGGUAUUUUAUUUGCAAUAAUUAAUAUUGAACGAUUGUGUCGCCUUGACAACAGCAGAAAUGAAUGCCAAGCCAGCUCUUCUUUUAUCUUAUCUUCAAUUUAUCGCUAUAUGAAAUUUUUCGUUUCCAUGCAUAGGCCGAGAUGGACUUGACAGCAUUGUUCCAGGUACAGCAAAUUUCACUUGUUAAAUUAAAGUAACUUUACAACAUACUGGUGCAUGCAUGGCUGGUCUUAGAUAGAUAGACCAAAUGAUAAUUUCUUUCAUAAAAGUUGACAUAAAUACAUGGUAGCUUACUGCAGAAUACAAACUAAACUGGACUUCAAACAAUUAAGAAUUUUCGGAUCACUGGACGAAAUAACUGUAUGUAUUUCCUUUAGGACCACUAGGAAAAAUUGGACCUAGAGGAUUUCAGGAUGAACCAGGAGCAGCGGAGGGUUCCGGAGGAUUUGUCUAUACAAGAUGGGGUAGGAAGAGCUGUCGCAAAGGGACUACGCUGUUAUACGCGGGUGUGUAUAUAGACGUUAAGGACAAUGUCUAGAUUUUCAUUCCAGUCAUUAAAUCCUGGGUGAUAAAAGUUGUGUGGGUAACGUGAGCACCAAAACCAAGGGAAAACUUAAAGGCCGAUUUACACAGAAAAACUUUUUGCUUAAAACUGUUGAAGCGACCUGCUUACAACAUGAGCUAUAUUACGUAAAUCAUUAUUUAUACUAGAAAAUACAUGCACGCAGUAACCCUCACCUUGCUGACAAAACCAUUGUAUUUUUCGAACAUGAAGUAUCCAGAGCAGUUGUCAUGGUAACACGAUAAUUUUUUAAGCAUAUUCUUACAAAUCUGGUAAAAAUAUCACUUUUAAUUACAAAAUUAUCAAUUUCCCAACAUAUAUGUGUUAGGUAUGUUAUUAUACGUAAUAUAGGCUUCAAUUAUUUAAGAUAAAAUUCAACCACAAACGCUUCGCAAAACGUCUUAAAGUGUUCUUUAUAAAACUAAACAGCCCUUUAUAAUUAAAUGACUAUAUCGAUAAACUUUGAGUUUGCAAUAAAAUGAUUUCAAAUUCUCGCUUGCAAAUAACUUUGCUUUCUUUUUUAUUUAAAAAAUUCAAUAUAAUAUAAAAGGGAAUCAAUAUUAAAGAUACACUGAAAUUAUAUGCUGUCUUGUUUAGUUGUUUCAUAUACGCAAAGCCGUCGGUUUUUAAAUACAUUAUGAAUAUUAAUAUUUAAAACAAACUUACCUUCGUUAACGACGGCUCCCUUCUUUUAGCCGAUUCUUUCGCCCUUUCUUUAUGAGAAAACUUUUGAAAUUUACAAAAUCUUGCAAAAAUGCGAGUAAAAAAUUCAUUAAUCACAAAUCAAGAAAUGUUGCUAUUUCGCUGUCGUCAUGCAGUCGUUAUAAUGCACAUUUUAAAUUGGACCAAUCAGUAUCCGCUAAUCAUGACAGUCCGCCAUGUAUUUGAGAUCAGUGAGAAAGACCACAUACAGUUGUUCACCCACGCCCGCGAUAUUUGAUGAACCGCGAUAUUUGAUGAUGACUCCGCUAAUGCUUUCGUUUCCCCGGGUGUAAAUAGCCGGGGAAUUAAUACCCUCGCACGGCGCUUCGCGCCGUUGGCUCGGGGAUUAUUGCGUAAAUCACUAUUUGUGCGCUUUAAGGUUACAGGACACCCUUUUGGGCGUUUUGCGGAAAAUCGCUACUGCGCGCUCAAUAUCGGUCCGAUUUUAAUCAAAUUUUCACCAAAUAUUCGCCAGUGCAGGGAAAAUAUGGUAAAGGUUUAAAAUUAACAAACAAUAAUAUAAUGUAAGAAUUAUUCAGGAAAAUCUUAAGUCGCGGUGCCAUUACGCUUUUGAGUUGUGCUCCUGCUGGUUUUAAGUUAUAUUUAUGAAAAUAUCAUUUUUAUUCAGCAAAAUAGUUGAUCUAAAAAACUGUGUUCGGAAAUUUUUGUUUAUUUCGUCUUUCCGCUGAUAUGGCGAUUUCUUUGAUGACUGCAAUAUAUUUCUGAAUUGUUUAAGUGAAUUGCUCUUUAUUAUUAAAAUAUCCAAAAUUUAAAAAAAGCCGAACAACGUCUUUAGCUAUAUCCAGUGAAAAUUUGAGAAAAAUUGGUUAAAACCCGCAGGAGCACAACUCGUUUGAAAACCAGUAAUUACCGUAAAAUUCUUCGGGAGAAAAUUGAAUUUGAAUAUUACAUUUUCAAUGUUUUUCUUAUUGCAGCAAAAUGUAUUCUAUUAAAUAACUCUGCGAGUUUUCAACAUUUUUCGUCCAAACUUGGUCAGAUAGUAGAAGUAGUCUAAUGCCUUCAUGGAAACCAAUAAAAAAAUUUUAGGCAAAAUUAACAUUCAAAGGUGUUCUGUAACCUUAAUUACACAUUAUAACUCAGCUUGAGUAAACAGGUUGCAUGCCGGAGUUCUAGCUAGAGUUGUGUAGUGUAAAUCGGCUUUUAAAACAUCAAAGAGAAAUACAUUCAUGCGCGAAACAUGGAAAUCAUGCUUUGAUUCGUUUCUUCACACUACUGCUUUUGCUUACAGGUGUAAUGGGUGGCUCGUACUAUUCUUACGGUGGUGGUUCAAACUAUCUCUGUAUGCCACUCGAUCCAACAUACGAUAAGACAGUGAAUGGCAACCAAGGUUACUCAUAUGUAUAUGGAAUUGAAUACGAAAUGGGUGCACACGCAUCUCUUUUCCCUGAGAACCUUCAUAACCAUGACGCAGUCUGCGCCGUGUGCUUUGCUGAGUCACGUGGAAGUCAGGUGAUGAUCCCUGCUCGCAACGUUUGUCCAAAGGGUUGGACCCGAGAGUAUACCGGUUACUUAAUGUCGACACACAUUUCGUAUAAACGAAGUGAGUUUAUUUGUGUAGAUGGUGCCCCAGAAGCUAGAGAAGGAACUCGAGCAAAUUUAAACGGUGGUUUGUUGUAUGUGGUUGAAGGUCGUUGUGGUUCUUUGCCGUGUCUUCCAUAUAAACAAGGUGCGGAAUUGACAUGCGCAGUUUGCACCAAGUAAUGAACAUUCAACAUUUUCAUGAUUUAUUCAACUUUGUUUUAAUUGACGAAAUAAACGUCUAUUAACUCUAUUAUUUUUUCAUUAUUCCAUUGUAAUCAAUUCUUUAUGAACGGUUUGGCAACUUCUUUUAUCAAAUGUUGUAUUAUUAUUUGAAUUCUUCUGGUAUUUGAUUAUGUUUUCCCCUAGUGUAAGGUGGCGACAGCACUUUUUUCCCUGGGCACUUUUUUCACUGUCUUACAUCAACUGUUGGUCAUAAUACAGUUAUUAUAUAUUCAAUGUUUAUUUUUGUUUGUGAUUGGAC